GCUCCCCGCAGGAAGGCUGCCUGUCAUCUACAGAUGGGUAUAAAUCACGUGGUUAGCCUGUGGCAAUCGGGGGCGAAGAAAGGUACUGUUACGGCAACGGCAGAAGGGGAUAGUCAACACAAUAAUGAAAUGUCUAGGGUGGCAAGGAAAGACGAGUAAACAGAUGUCCAAAUUCGACGACCUGCUGAAGCAGCUCGGGACGGGAAUGUGGAACGUAUUCGUGGUCGUCGCCAUGUGCUACUGGAUACCGCAGAUCACCUGCCAGAACAUGGGAGCUGCUUUCUUGACGCCCGACCUGGCCCACACCUGCAGGCUGCCACCCGAAGCAGCCUCGGCAGCGAGCAACGACACCAGGUCGCAGUGCAGCUACAACGCCACGACCUCCAGCGGGAGCACCGAGGAACGACCCUGCAUCGAGUGGGACUUCGACAACUCCACUUUCACUAAUACCAUCACGUCCGAGUUCAGCCUGGUGUGCGGCCGAAGCUACCUGCGGGCGGCCUUCAAGAGCGUGUACUUCCUCGGCGGCUUCUUCGGCGCGAUGCUCAACGGCUGGCUCUCCGACAGGUUUGGUCGCAAAAUAAUGUUGACAGUAGGAAGCGUGAUCUUCACUCUCAUGUCCAAUAUACUUCCCUGGUUACCGAGUGUCGAUAUCAUGUUGUUGUUCCGCUUCACUAUGGGCGUCGCGCAGGUGGCCUCCAUCCAUGGAGGGUUCACACUAGCCAUGGAGGUAAGCGAACCGAAGUACAGGGCGGCCGUCGGCAUCCUCAUCUUCCUCCCGUGGGCCUUGUGCCUGAUCGUCCUCGGGGGCUACGGCUACCUCCUGCGGGACUGGCGUUGGCUCAGCGUCACGACCUCCCUGCCAUGCCUGCUCUUCCUGCCGAUGCUCCUAUUUCUGGACGAAUCGCCACGCUGGCUGAUCGUGCGCGGACGUUACGAAGAUGCGCUGCGCGUCCUCCGGAAGGCCGCGCGCUGGAACAAAGCUCAGCUGCCGCCCGAGGAGGAGCUCCGCGCCCUCAUGGACCACAUCAGGAAGGAGGGACUGACUGCGGCCGAGGAGGGCGACGCGUCCACCUCGGGCCUUGUCAGUUUCUUGAAGAAAGUAGCGGAGGACGUCGUUGUGCUUGUGAGAACGAGGAGGAUGCGCAGCAUUACGCUGUCGUUCUAUGCCCAGUUCUUCGUGCUGGGAAUGGUGUACUACGGCCUCUCGUUCGGCGCGGACAAGCUGGGGGUGGACCCGUUCGUGUACAUGGCGGUCAGCGGAGUAAUGGAGGUCCCUGGCGGCACACUGACCAUCCCUCUGGCGGAGAAGAUGGGCAGGAGAGCCUCGAGCACGCUGUCCUUCGUGAUCACCGCCGGAUCGCUGCUGGUGCUCGGCUUCAUCCCAGAUGUGUUGGAGUGGCUGGUGCUCACAAUGGCCAUGUUGGGUCGGCUGGCCAUCACAGCAGCAUACCAGAUUGUGAUACUGUACGUCAGCGAAAUUUUCCCGACUGAAGUACGAGUUCGGGGGAUCGGGACCUGCACUAUGAUGUCAGCAAUUGGGGCCAUGUUGGCGCCCUUUAUUCUGGAAACCCUUGGCUCCAUCAAGCCAUGGGUGCCAUUGGUCAUGUUCGGUGUGGCAGCCUUCGUGGCCAGCCUGACCACGUUCUGGCUGCCGGAGUCUCAUGGUGCGCCCAUGCUGGACACCGUGGCAAGUCUGGAGGCCGCCCACAAAGCGCCCAAGGAUGCGAGGGCUUCUUCAUUGGACCACGAAAUAACGGACAAAUCUGCUGGGCAUGCAGAUAUUAAGAAAUUAGAUACCAUGCAUGGCAGAACAGGAACUCAUCUCAGCGACAUAGUACAUGGAAUGGAUGACCUAUGGGAAAACCAUGUUAUGACAGACAAAAAGGUCCAAAAAGAGGAAUGCAACCGUGAAAAUGAAUGGUGUGACACUACCAGAUGGGCAGGUAAUGAAAAUGGGUAUUUAGAAGUAACAGAAGUGGAUAAAAUCAAGGAACAAAAUAUGUUCCUUGAUAUAAGAGAACUUAAUAGCAAGAAUGAAAUCUAUGGCAUUAAUACGUGGGCUCUCUCUACUUUGAUAGGUGUGACCCCGCAGCUUUCUUAUGGAAAGCUCUACGAUGAAGAGAGUGGGAAAAAAAUGCAAACAAAGCCUGGUUUGAAACGAGUUGGCGUGACACACGCACACACACCUACGCACGCACGCGCAGGAAGCUCUACGAAAACCAAGAACGAUAAUAGUGUGGUAGAUCAUCUCGUCUCCAAGAUGUCCAAAUUCGACGACCUGCUGAAGCAGCUCGGGACGGGAGUGUGGAACGUGUUCGUGGUCGUCGCCAUGUGCUACUGGAUACCGCAGAUCGCAUCCCAGAGCAUGGGCGCGGCCUUCAUGACGCCCGAGCUUGACCACUCGUGCCGCCCCCCGCCCGACGCCUUCCAAGACGCCCGCGGCGCCACCAGCUUCCAGUGCGAGUACAACGCCACGGUGUCGGAGGGCAGCGUCGAGGAGCGCGCGUGCACGCGGUGGAACUACGACAACUCCACCUUCGUCAACACCCUGACUUCAGAGUUCGACCUGGUGUGCGGCCGAAGCUACCUGCGGGCGGCCUACAAGAGCGUGUACUUCCUCGGGGGGAUGUUCGGGGCCAUGCUCAACGGCUGGCUCUCCGACAGAUUCGGUCGCAAAACCAUGCUGGUCGUCGGCAGUGUGAUGUACUCCGUCCUGGCCAACAUCCUUUCCUGGCUUCCGAACUUCUCGGUCAUUCUGGCCCUUCGCUUCUGGAUGGGUCUGAUGCACCCUACGUCGAUUCACGCAGGAUACACACUAGCCAUGGAGGUGAACCAGCCCAAGCACAGGGCAGCCUCCGGCAUCCUCAUCUUCCUUCCGUGGGCCUUCGUCAACAUCGCCCUCGCAGGCUACGGCUACCUUCUGCGGGACUGGCGCUGGCUCAGCUUCACGAUCUCCGUCCCCGCCCUGCUCUUCCUGCCGGCGCUCUGGUUCAUCGACGAGUCGCCGCGCUGGCUGAUCGUGCGCGGCCGCUACGACGACGCGAUGCUCGUCCUCCGGAGAGCAGCGCGCUUGAACAAGGUCGAGCUGCCGCCCGAGGAGGAGCUUCGUACUCUUAUGGAGCACAUCAAGAAAGAGGCUCUAGUCGAAGGCAGAGCAGGCAAAGCUUCAACUCCAGGUUUUAUCAAUGCUUUAAAGGUUAUAGCAAAAGAAGUUACAGUACUGGUUAAAACGAGGAGAAUGCGCAGUAUUACGCUUUCGUUCUACGCGCAGUUCGUCGUACUUGGAAUGGUCUACUACGGCAUCUCGUUCGGCGCCGACAAGCUGGACGUGGACCCGUUCGUGUACAUGGCGGUGAACGGCGUGGUGGAGAUCCCUUCCGGCACGAUAACCAUCCCUCUGGUGGACAGGCUGGGGAGGAGGUUGUCGUGUACGCUGUCCUUUGUGAUCACCGCCGGCUCGCUCAUGGUUCUCGGAUUCAUCCCAUCAGGACUGAAUUGGCUCGUAAUCAUGAUGGCCUUGGUGGGCAAACUGGGCAUAUCGAUAGCAUACCAGGUCGUGUUCCUUUACGCCUGCGAGCUCUUCCCGACCGAGGUGCGCGUGCGUGGACUCGGAACAUCAACCAUCCUGGCGAAGGCGGGCGCAAUGGUUGCCCCCUUCAUCUUGGAAAUUCUGGGCAACGUGAAGGCGUGGCUGCCGCUGGUGCUCUUCGGCGUUGCGGCGUUCCUGGCUGGCGUGGUCACGUUCUGGCUGCCCGAGUCGCUCACGGCGCCCAUGCUGGACACCGUGGCUGAGCUGGAGGCCGCGUAUGGGGCCAGGGACGCCAGGGACGCCACAGAUGAGCAUCAAAUGGAGCAGCCAAACGAAACUACCAGAGAGCAGGCCUAAAGGUGAUGGCCAGAGUCGGGAAACAAAUUCCAAUUUGUAUUUUUAAACCUGUUGUUUGGUAAUAUAUGAAGAAUUUUACCGACUCCGAAUUUAUAAGACGGGUAAUUUUGGUGACAUCCUAGCUGAAAGUGUUGUGGCCACGUGGCAUUCGAAUUUCGGGGAAAGCGCGAGAAGCCUGGAUGACUUCCUAGAAGCGCCUCCCUGAACGACACCGUCUGAACUCCCCCAUCCCCUCCCAAAGCGACCUAUUUUAACGAUAUAAGAUGUAAGCAUUUUUGGUGAGCUUUCGUCUUCUUGGGGCUGAAAAUAGUCUCUCUUAUGAAUGCCAAAGCCUCUCAAGUUUUUAGGAAAUCUGAAACGCCAUUGAAGGAUCCCUUUAAAAUGCAACCUUUUCAGGCAUCUUCACAUGGCCCCUGGAUCAUUCUUCCUCAAAGAUUUACAAUGUCAUCCUUCAAGAUAUAUAUUUCUCAGAGAAUUGAGCCUUUUUGAUAGAAUUUGAUAGAUUUUGUAGCUGUGGUGAAGUUUUUCAUUUCUAUUCCCAACCCUUAUAUAUCUUCACAAUUCACAUACUAUAAAUAUGUUGAAAGACAGCUGACUAUCAUAAAACGAAACUAAUGGACGAGAAACUAUGGCCUGGAAAGAAAUAUCUCCUAAAUUGUGGAUUGUGCAUUCUUUUGAUACUUAAAAUUCGCGGUCUUGGCAAGUUUUGCAAAAAGCAUGAACCCAUUAUUUACUUACAACACUGUAAGUCAUCGUGGUUGGUACAACUUCGGACAGAAAUGUCUGAUACAUCAAGGUGGAUCAUACUGGGCUGAGGAUUUUUCUCCAAGACUCUAGCAUAUUAGCAAAUUAAUUGUUUAACAGAAGUGAUCAUAAUUUUGAACUUUCCCUCUCCACACACACACACACACACACACACACACACACACACACACACACACACACACACACACACACACACACACACACACACACACACACACACACACACACACACACACACACACACACACACACACACACACACACACACACACACGCGCGCGCACACACACAACUACUAUCAGAACAUUAACAGAAAUGCCACAGCUAAUGGUAAAGCAUGGCGUGUGCAAUGCAUGGUAUAUUUUGAAAUGUUCCCUCCGACAUACGAAUUCAAGUCUUAUGUGCAAAUAAGGGCAUUUAGUCAGGUAUUAAAUGUUUCAUAGGUUGCAUAACACAUUUAAAAAGUCUACAUCUACGAACUUGUAGACACAUACACACACAAACAAAAGAUGAAAAUGAAAGUCUUCUGUACUGAAUAUGGGAUGAAAGCAAACAACACGGGUGAAUCAAGCAACUCUAGUGAAAUACCAGUUGAUUCGGCGUGAGACACGAUGGCCGUGUUGAGAAAUCGCCUACUGUGACGUCAAUCAAAGCUUCUUGUAUUCUCUGCAGAUCGAUUUUAGUUUUACUGUCCGCGCGUACUUCAGAGGUGAUUUUUGUGAGAAUUAUUUAUCAGGCAUAUAUAUAUAUAUAUAUAUAUAUAUAUGUUAUAUAUUAUAUAUUAUAUAUAUUCAGAAUGAACUGCUUUUGUGUUGUAAGCUUUCUUUCUUUUUCUUUACCUCAUUAUAUUUUAAGUAUUUACUAACACAUACACGCACACCCACACACACACACACACACACACACACACACACACACACACACACACACACACACACACACACACACACACACACACACACACACACACACACACACACACACACACACACACACACACAAACACGUUAUAAAGGAAACAUAAUUUGAAGCGGAUGCUGCCAUAUUCUAUCACUUAAAUGUCUAUCUCAAAGCAUUCUGCUAAACUUUCCUUCCACUGUUAUAUUCGCAGGAACAUUGUAUACUAUCUCACUUGGUAAGUAUCAUUUUACAGAAUGUAGUUUUGGCUUUUACAUCUUUUACAUUUACAUAUACUGCAUUGAUAACCGCGCUGAUAUCGGUAUGUUACAUUAAAGUGUGUCAGGAAAUGAUAAUUCGAACCUGUUACCCAAUUUGAGUUAUUUUACACACCAUAGGAAGAAAGAACUAGCAGUCCUUGGAGAGGGAGAAGCAACUCUGCAAACCUGAAGAAACUCGUUCCAAAGUUGAGCUUCAGAACUUAAGCGACAGACUUUCGACAGGGCGUGGGGCUAUAUUCUUUUCCUCUCUUCAGAAUCAUGCUUCACUUUUAGAAAAUUGUUCAUUAUAGACCCACUAGCUGAUUUAUUUGUAACCAAAAAAAAGUGUCCUGCAA